AUGGAUUAAUAAAAUUCAGCCAAUCGAGAAGAGAAUUCAGUUUAGGCAAGACUUAGAAGAAGAAGAAAUGAUUCUAAUAAUAGAGACUAUUCUUGUGGUUGUGGUAAAAGUUAUUUAAGUUAUGCCGCUUUAUAUACUCAUUUAAAGUAUUUUGCUUAUAUAAUAGAAAGAUAGAAACAUGAUUCUAUAGCUCCAGAUGGAACUCAAUUACCUAAUAAUGCAAAUUAAAAACCAGGAAGAGGUAGACCAAGAAGAGUAAUUAAAUCAUAAUAUAAUAUUAGUAAGAUGACUAAGAUAAAAAAAGUGCUAAAUCUGAUGAUGGAUAAUCUGAAAGUGUAAAUGAACCAGAUGAAACUAUAGAAGAACUUUUAACUUUUUUGGAUAGUUUAGGUAAUUUUAGAUAAACUGAAAAAUUUUCAAAUGAUGUAGAAAUAUAGGUUUUUCUCCUUUAAAAUUUUCCUUGUAAUGUGUUUUCAAAUUGUUCUGAAUAUUAGGGAAUAUAUGAUUUAAUAAAAGAUCUGACAAAUGAGAAGGUAGACUAUAUUUUUCUAUUAAAGAUUAAAAUUUAAGAUAUUGAUCUUCUUGCUAAUGAACCUUUAGAUAAAGAUACAUCUUUACGUAAAACAAAUAUUACUAAAAUAAUGGCAUAUUUUUUGACAUAAAUAGGUCCAAAGUUAUGUGUUGAAGCAUAUAGAGAAGUAAUUAGGAAUAUAUAUACUUUUAUAGAUGGUUAUAUUCAUAGUUUUUUAUUAGAAAUGUUUGAAUAUGUUGGGUUAUUAAGCAAUAUAAAAAUAUUUUUAAGAAUUAAGAAAAGGAGAUAAUAAAUAAUUGGAUAUUAAAGAAGGUUUUAUUUCAAAUAUAUAAAUUAGAGGUCAUUCAAAACUAAGAAUUUUGUGAUGUUUAAAAUGGAGAACAUAUGCUUUUGAUUGCUAAUGAUUUUAUAUUAUCAUUUUUACCUUAGUCCUAUUUAGGAUUAGAGGCAAUUGAAAAGAAUUUCAAAAUAUUUGGUAGUUGUGCUGAAAAAUUAAAAAAUGCUGUUUAUGUUACAUAACAUUUCUCUUAUUGGUUAUAUUCUUUAAAAUUUACAAAUUCUAGAUUAGAUUUUUAUACUGAUGAUGAUUGA